CUGAUCGAAUUCGGUAGGCGGUAAUGCGUAACAUUGACGGUGCACAAUUUGAAUUUGCUUUCAUGUACUUAUAGUAUUCUAAGUAAAAUACAACCUUUUUGAAUAUAUGAUAUGUACCUAUUUUAAAAUAGUUGUCAAUUGUCAGAUAAAAUUCUGGUUCUCGUAAUGACUAAAUUCUAUUAGGUUCUUUUCGAUGAUUUUUGCUUUUGUAGAUUAUUUUUAAAUAUUUUAAAAUGGGUCGCAUGGGCGGAAUGAAGUGGGAGAAAUCGACUUCUUGCAGACCUAUUCAUAACAUUAUUUCUUCGGAUUUUCCAAAAUACAACCCACAACCUUGGAAAUUUAUGGAAGGUAAAUCCCGUAUAGGAUGGUUGUUAUCGUACGAGUAUCAACGAAUGUGGCUUGAGGAAAGAGAAGCCUGGAAGAAAAGGAUGUAUCCAGAAAACACCACGGUCAAUGUGGAUAUUGUAAAAAGUUAUGUUUUAACUUUUAAAAAUAAUCAUCAGGCUCCAAAACCGGAGAAAAAGAAAGCAUUUAAAAUGAAAAAAUUUGAGGGAGUGGGAAGUAAGACUGAAAAUAAACGGCCAGCAAAUGAUAAAGCAAUGGACUUUGAAAAAACUGCAAAGAAAGAAAAUUCCAAAUAGUCAAGUAAUAACUUAUUUACUAAUGAACUCCCGAUGUCACACAGUGAGUUCCCAAUAUUUCAUGAUACUCUGCUGGUAGGAAUAAUAAAUUAUAU